AUGAUCCACUACAAUGCAUUGACACCCAAGCCACACUAUGCCUACAGCAACAGCUCUCGGAUUUCACAGUUGGACAUGGGGAAACUAGUACGGAAGACCGUAGACCAGGAUGCCAACCUCAAGACCUGCGAGACCUACGUCGACUCAGAGGGAAACAAGCGCUUUAAAGGUACCAAGCGUCUACGACAAACAGAGCUACUCAUGGAAUAUCCGGUCCGAUUUGGGUUCAAGCUGGUGGACAUGUUCGACGACCUGACCAAGACCAAUCGUGGCCAGGACCUUGAGAACCGCGAAGUCGCCGCGAAAGCUGACAUGAGUGAGGAGACUUCAGCUCUACCAAAGGCUGCCCCGCAAAUUGGCCUGCCUGAAGCAGAGACGAUAGAGGCUUCUAACCACCCCACGCUGGACGAUGGUGCCUUCAAUGGGAUUGAGGAGAUGAAAAGCAGGGCGGUUGCCACGGGUGGUGGUGACUCAAAGCCGCGUCAAGAGGAAGAGGUCGAGAAGCUGGAGCAGCAUGUGAAAAAGCUGGACAAUCAGUACGACGAAUGCAACAAGGUCAUGGCUAAAGGUGAGAUCAACAAAUUUGGGGGAACGAAUGCUAAGAGGUACGAGAAGAAGGACGAUGCUACGCCUGCUACGAAGGGCAAUGCUCGCAGUGCUGAUUCCAAGGGUUCUAAGAAGAGGAUCGUCCAAGAAGUCUCAGCCCUGGACUGCAUCAAGUUCCAGCUGCCAGCUGCGCAUGCUACGGCUGGGAAAGUACUUCAGCACAGUCUGAAGAUCAUGGAUGAUUUGCUAGAUACCCAUGCCCCAGCUAUCUUCAAAGUGGGGUUCACCCACAACCCCGCUUGGAGAUGGUCCAACGACCUUUAUGGAUAUGCCAAGUCCGUAGAAAAGUAUUCCAAUAUGAUCGUCCUCUACAUUACUGAUGAGCCAUGGGGCCCCGCAAUGUUAGAAGCAGCACUUAUUCAACAUUACCGGGGCACCCAGGGAUGCAAGAACAGUCGGCUUGGCGGAGACACCGUGAACACGAGCCUGACCGGCCUUUUUAUGUGCUAUGUCGUCUAUAGGCCACUUCGUGCCGUGCUGCCAUCAGAGUUGCCAAAGGACGAGAAAGCAUUCGACGAGAUCUUGGCGUGUCUGGCUCAUGACUCGGCGUCGAUGCUGCGCCAGGGUGUUGUAAGCAAUACCGGACAGAGGCCCAUUUUGUUGGACAUUCCUCACGAGCCAGAUAGGAGCGAUUUGCGAGCUGAUCCUAUGCUGUUGAUGUGUGCAGAAGCUACUUCCUGCAUGAAUUCUGCUUUCGAAGCGCUCUACACUCAGGACUUGUGGCUUCCUGGCCAUGAAGCAAGGCGUAUUGGACAGCUAGGGCUCCGAUUCAUGGAGUUGUAUGGCAAGUUGGCUCGACACGCCUACGACAAUGGGCAAGCAUUGUGGGCUUUCAUGCCCAAGGCGGCCGCCGUGGUGCUGUUGGGCGCCACUGGUUACAAGGUUCACAGUGGCGAAGGCAGCUCGUCCUUGUCCUUCGAGGACUUCCUGCAACUCCACGGGCGCAGCUAUGACUCCCAGGAGUAUUUGGAACGACAGGCCCUCUUUGAGCAGCGGAAAGCGGAGGUGAUCCAACAGAACAAUAGGUCCGCCGCGCGUUGGCGCGCCGCCGUGAACAAGUUCGCCGACUUCCGCGACGAGGAGCGAGAGGCGCUGCACGGCUACAAGCCCUCGCAGGCGGACGACCGGGGGGUUUGA